GAGAAGCAGGCGCCUCUCUGGUCUCGGUUUACACUCUCUAUGGUCUAGCCGGGUCGUGGCGGUAAGGGGAAAAAAGAGAGACCGCACUACGCAGGCGCUCUGGGCUUCUAAUUUUUUUUUUUUUUUUUUUUAAUCCCCGCACCAAGCGCUUAACCUCAUUGGGGUGGAGGAGAAGGCGGCGGCCGUCUGGUCUGCAGGGGCAACAGGAGCGACUAAUACGGCUCACAGGUUAUUCUUCCUGCAUGGAAGGUCACUGGGCUGCCUUGGGGGAAAGUCUGCUUCCAGCAUCCGGCAGCAUCUGGAGAGGCCUCUUCACUGGUCAGGAAGGAUGUAGAGAUGCAAGCUUCCCACUAAGGUUUCCAUGAGGAAAAUAUGAAGAGUAGAGGAAAUUAUUAAGAAGUAGGAGAAUGGACUGCUGAAUUAUGAAGUAUUCCAGACCCAGGAGGAGAACAUCACUCUGCCACUCACUCCCUUCUCCCCUACUAGUUAUUUAAAUUGGACUUUUAAUAUCCUACCAGCUGCUCUUCAGACACACAUGGUGCAUUGUUGCCAUUCCCCAGAUUGCAUCUCUGAAACACAGGCUCUUAGUAACCUUCAGCAAACAAAGAGGCCGCCUCCCGGGGACGCUUGCUGGGAGGGUGUCACCCUGACUGCCCUCUAGCUUCGGCUGGCUCUGGAUUGGAAUUCCACCAUGGAGCCUCGCAUGGAGGCCUGCCUGGCACAGGUGCUGCAGAAGGAUGUGGGGAAGCGACUGCAGGUUGGCCAAGAACUGAUAGACUAUUUCUCAGACAAACAGAAGUCUGCCGACCUUGAGCAUGACCAGACCACAUUAGACAAACUCGUGGACGGACUCGCUACCUUUUGGGUGAACUCCAGCAAUUACAAGGUGGUUCUCCUGGGCAUGGACAUCCUGUCCUCGCUGGUCACCCGGCUGCAGGAUCGGUUCAAGGCACAGAUCGGCACAGUGCUGCCGAGUUUAAUAGACAGACUGGGCGACGCUAAAGACUCUGUGAGGGAACAAGACCAGGCCCUGCUGCUGAAGAUCAUGGAUCAGGCUGCUAACCCCCAGUACGUGUGGGACCGGAUGCUGGGAGGCUUCAAGCACAAGAACUUCCGCACCCGGGAAGGCACGUGUCUCUGCCUGGUCGCCACACUCAACGCCUCUGGAGCACAUACCUUGACACUAAGCAAGAUUGUGCCACAUAUAUGUAACCUGCUCGGAGAUCCAAACAGCCAGGUUCGAGAUGCAGCAAUAAACAGCUUAGUGGAAAUUUACAGACAUGUAGGAGAACGUGUGAGGGCAGAUCUCAGUAAGAAAGGAUUGCCACAGUCCCGGUUGAAUGUAAUUUUUACAAAAUUUGAUGAAGUCCAAAAAUCUGGAAACAUGAUACAGUCUGCAAAUGAUAAAAAUUUUGAUGAUGAGGAUUCUGUGGAUGGUAAUAGGCCUUCUUCUGCCAGCUCUACAUCAUCCAAAGCUCCAGCAAGCUCCCGCAGAAACGUUGGAAUGGGGACUACCCGCAGGCUCGGCUCAUCCACUCUUGGAUCCAAGUCUUCAGCUGCAAAAGAGGGAGCUGGUGCUGUUGAUGAAGAGGACUUUAUUAAAGCAUUUGAUGAUGUGCCUGUAGUCCAGAUUUACUCCAGCCGAGACCUUGAGGAGUCCAUAAACAAGAUUAGGGAAAUAUUAUCUGAUGACAAGCAUGAUUGGGAGCAAAGAGUAACCGCUCUAAAAAAGAUUAGAUCUUUACUUUUGGCUGGUGCUGCUGAGUAUGAUAACUUCUUCCAACAUUUGCGUCUUUUGGACGGAGCCUUUAAACUAUCGGCUAAGGAUCUGCGCUCUCAGGUAGUGCGGGAGGCUUGUAUCACCUUGGGGCAUCUGUCAUCAGUGCUGGGGAACAAGUUUGACCAUGGAGCUGAAGCCAUUAUGCCAACGAUCUUUAAUUUAAUUCCGAACAGUGCCAAAAUUAUGGCCACCUCUGGUGUUGUAGCUGUUAGGUUAAUCAUUCGGCACACACACAUCCCUAGGCUAAUACCCAUCAUAACGAGCAACUGUACCUCCAAGUCUGUCGCCGUUAGAAGGCGCUGUUUUGAAUUUUUAGAUUUACUUUUACAAGAAUGGCAGACACAUUCACUGGAACGACACAUAUCAGUAUUAGCGGAAACAAUAAAGAAGGGAAUACAUGACGCUGAUUCGGAAGCACGGAUAGAAGCCAGAAAGUGUUACUGGGGUUUCCACAGUCACUUCAGCAGAGAAGCGGAGCACCUGUACCACACUCUGGAGCCCUCCUACCAGAGGGCUCUGCAAAGCCACCUGAAGAGCUCGGACAGCGUGGUGUCGCUGCCCCAGUCGGACCGCUCAUCCUCCAGCUCGCAGGAGAGUCUCAAUCGGCCGCUCUCCGCCAAGAGAAGCCCUACUGGCAGUGCCACCUCCAGAGCUUCCACAGUCAGCAGCAAAUCCGUGUCCACCACGGGGUCCCUGCAGCGCUCUCGAAGCGACAUAGACGUGAACGCAGCCGCCAGCGCCAAAUCCAAGGUCCCCUCGGCUCCCGGUGCAGCGCCCUUCAGCUCCGCAGCGGCCUUGCCUCCGGGCUCGUACGCCUCCUUAGGUCGGAUCCGCACGCGACGGCAGAGCUCUGGGAGCGCCACCAACGUCACCUCCACGCCUUCCGACAGUCGGGGCCGCAGCCGCGCCAAAGUGGUCUCACAGUCCCAGCCUGGCAGCCGAUCAAGUUCCCCAGGGAAAUUGUUGGGAAGUGGUUAUAGUGGCCUUGCUGGGGGUUCCUCGAGAGGCCCACCUGCGACACCCUCUUCAGAAAAACGAAGCAAGAUUCCCAGGAGUCAGGGAUGUAGCCGAGAAACAAGUCCAAACCGCAUAGGAUUAGACCGGUUUGGGCUCGGCCAGGCAGGAAGAAUACCUGGCUCUGUGAAUGCCAUGCGGGUUCUGAGCACCAGUGCAGAUCUGGAAGCUGCUGUUGCUGAUGCUUUGCUGUUAGGAGACUCCAGGAGCAAGAAGAAGCCCGUGAGGAGGAGGUACGAGCCGUACGGGAUGUAUUCCGACGACGACGCCAACAGCGACGCGUCCAGCGUGUGCUCCGAGCGCUCGUAUAGCUCCCGGAACGGGGGCAUCCCCCACUACCUGCGCCAGACCGAGGAUGUGGCCGAGGUACUCAACCACUGCGCCAGCUCCAACUGGUCCGAGCGGAAGGAGGGGCUCCUGGGCCUGCAGAACCUGCUGAAGAGCCAGAGAACACUGAGUCGGGUGGAGUUGAAAAGAUUGUGUGAGAUUUUCACCCGAAUGUUUGCUGACCCUCACAGCAAGAGAGUUUUCAGUAUGUUUUUGGAGACUCUUGUGGAUUUUAUAAUAAUUCAUAAGGAUGACUUGCAAGACUGGCUUUUUGUUCUUCUCACACAAUUGCUUAAGAAAAUGGGAGCAGAUUUGCUUGGAUCUGUGCAAGCGAAAGUUCAGAAGGCUCUCGACGUCACAAGGGACUCCUUUCCAUUUGAUCAGCAGUUUAACAUUUUGAUGAGAUUUAUUGUGGAUCAAACCCAAACUCCUAACCUCAAGGUCAAAGUUGCAAUCCUGAAGUACAUCGAGUCUCUCGCUAGGCAGAUGGACCCAACAGAUUUCAUAAACUCUAGUGAGACAAGGCUUGCUGUUUCUAGAAUUAUAACCUGGACGACAGAACCAAAGAGUUCAGACGUGAGAAAGGCAGCACAGAUUGUGCUCAUCUCUCUGUUUGAAUUGAACACUCCUGAAUUUACCAUGUUACUUGGUGCCUUGCCAAAAACAUUCCAGGAUGGUGCCACCAAACUCCUGCAUAACCACCUCAAGAACUCCAGUAACACCAGUGUGGGCUCUCCGAGCAACACCAUUGGCCGGACUCCCUCUCGACAUCCCAGCAGCCGGACCAGCCCCCUGACCUCCCCUACCAACUGCUCCCAUGGGGGCCUGUCUCCAAGCAUGCUGGACUAUGAUACCGAGAACCUGAACUCUGAAGAAAUCUAUAGUUCUUUGCGUGGAGUGACAGAAGCCAUCGAAAAGUUUAGUUUUCGAAGCCAGGAGGAUCUGAAUGAGCCCAUUAAAAGAGACGGCAGGAAGGACUGUGAUGUCGUGUCCCGCGACGGUGGCAUCACCUCCCCCGCCACCGAGGGCCGGGGCGGCAGCGACGCAGUGGAAGGAGGCCGGACGGCUCUGGACAACAAGACCUCCCUCCUCAACACCCAGCCCCCGCGUGCCUUCCCGGGGCCACGGGCGCGGGACUACAGCCCCUACCCCUACUCGGACACCAUCAGCAGCUACGACAAGACGGCCCUGAAGGAGGCUGUGUUCGACGACGACAUGGAGCAGCUGCGAGACGGUCUGUCUCCCUUGGUGCCACUCCCACCCCCCACCCCCCAACCAGGGCAGCUCCGGGCACGCGAGGGUGGACUGGGGGCCUGCUCUGCUCAGUCGUCUGUGUGCCUGGGCGCGGGGUCACACAGAGGAUCCACGGGGAAGGCCUUGGGUCUGUUUGAAUGGCUUUCCUCCAUACUCAUGACCCAGGCCUCAAAAAAUCCGGAGCCGCCCCCCGGGAGACUGAUAGUGAACUCAGCAGUCAUCCUCAUUUGGUCUCGUUCAGGAAGCCUUCCUGGGGUCCCUCUCAGGUGCCAGGUCCUGGGAUGUCCCCGCAGGCACAGCGCCCACCCUCGUGGAGCUGGCCAUCUGGGAGCCUCCGUCCAGGAAGCCUGGCGUCCAUGUCACGGUGCCUGCAGGGCGCUAGGGACCCAGGCCUGGGAGCCGGUCUCGGGGCCCCGCUGGCCAUGUGCGCAGAGAGGCGCCGCGAGGCGUUUGCUGAUGUCCGUCUCUCCUCUGCCCCAGCACUCCAUCCGCGCGCUGGCACUCAGGGUGCUGCGGGAGACCUUGAGAAGCCAGCCAGCAAGGUUUAAACACUACGCGGAGCUGACGAUCAUGAAGACGCUGGAAGCCCACAAAGACUCCCACAAGGAGGUGGUGAGGGCUGCCGAGGAGGCCGCCUCCACGCUGGCAAGCUCCAUCCACCCGGAGCAGUGCAUCAAAGUGCUGUGCCCCAUCAUCCAGACGGCCGACUACCCCAUCAACCUGGCCGCCAUCAAGAUGCAGACCAAAGUCGUCGAGAGGAUCGCCAAGGAGGCCUUGCUGCAGCUCCUCGCGGACAUCAUCCCGGGCCUGCUGCAGGGUUACGACAACACCGAGAGCAGCGUGCGUAAGGCCAGCGUGUUUUGCUUAGUGGCGAUUUAUUCCGUAAUCGGAGAAGAGUUGAAACCUCACCUGGCACAGCUCACAGGCAGCAAGAUGAAGCUGCUCAACUUAUACAUAAAGAGGGCGCAGACCACGAACAGCAACAGCAGCUCCUCAUCCGACGUCUCCACGCAUAGCUAAUGCGGCGCCAGAGUCCCCGUGUAGCCCUGGAAGCAAUCGGUGGUGCCUCUCAGAGAACUCCCCCUCCCCCCCAUCGGCUGCCCAGUCAGUACCAGGAGGCCCGCAAAUAUUUAUUACAAUCAGUAUUUUGAUCCCUUCCAGCUUUUGUGUAGAAUCAUACUGGUAUUGAAUGUAAAGGAAGCAAGGCCUGCAUUGCAUCUUCCUACAAAACAAAACAAAAGGAGUAAGAAAAGAAGAGCCAUACUUAAACCGUCUCAUCCCGCCUGCUGAGGUCGUAAAACCGUGUGUGUGGGCUGCAGUUUUUAAAAAUCGGAGCUCUCUAGCCGAUACCUGGUAGAAAGCAGCAUUUUCUCUUCAGUUAAUAAGAUUGGAGGAGGUUGGGUUAAGUUGUGUUUCUCUUUCAUCUCGGCCUCCUUGGUUUUGGAUGUGGCCUGUGUGGGGCAAAGCCCCACGCCUUCCACAACUGACACCAUGGAAGGGUUUGUACGUUGUAAGUUGUGUUUUGAGACCUGCUAAGAAUACGAAUCCAGUCUUGGCAAGAAGUGGGAGAAAAGCCUGAAGAUGGUCUUUCAACGCACAUGUAGUGAUCGUGCUCACCGUCUCCGGACCGGAGGCUGACGCCCUGCGCGGUCUCCUUCCAGGACGGGCUCCUGCCCCUCUGAACAACCCCACCGAUGCCACCCCUGCCCCAGAGCUGCCACUUGAGGGGCUUCUUAGAGAUGAAAUCCAAACACAAAAAUCAGGGUAAAUCGACAGCCUUGGUUAGCGUGUGCUUGAAAUGGCCCUUCGUGCAGCGUCGAAGAUACCGGAGAAGCUGCUCGUUUUACUGCCGAGAUCCUGGGAAACACUAUUUAACAGCGCUUCCCCCGUGACCCUGGCCCCUGGUGGUGCAGAUUUAGGGCCCCCUCGCUUCCCUUCCCGAACCCGCGCCUGAGCGGCUCGAUUCUAAGAUGUUCUCGGUUAGUCUGGUAAAUGGCAGCUCCACCAUCUCAGUUUUGAAUUCUCUGUUUAAUUUGGGAUUGAGAUCAAAGAAAAAUCUAGAGAGACCAGGUAUCAGGAUUUUUUUUUUUUUUUUUGUAAUUUUAUGGACUGAAGUACUUCCUUGAUCCUCUGCUGAGAGAACCAUGGUUUUAAGGAAAAAGUAAUUGUGGUGUGUGGCGGAUCGCAGAAAAACAGGAUUGGAAACAGAGUUUUAGAAUCAAGUUCUUCAGUGAGAAACUUACCCCUUUAAAAUUUCAUCUUGAGGGUUGCACUGCUUCAGCGAAAGCAACUCCGGAUCAGGACCCUGGUUAACAAAGUUUGGAGUAAAAGGCUUCAAGCCAAAUGGAAGUUCUUAAUGCGGUCAGGAAGGCGUCUGUCGUCUCUUAGAUUCCACCGUAGCCCCUGUAAAUGGAACUGACUUUUCCAUAUUGUUAAUGAGGUGUUUGCUGCUCUGGCGUCCAGUCCCUGCAGCUGCCAGGCUGUGUGGCUCUCACCCCAGAGCUGCACAGCCCCGAACGUAGCUUGUUUUCAUGCAGAAUCGACUUCAGAUACUUUAUGCGGAAAUAGGCACUGAAGACAGAGGUCCGGGAGCAGAGGCCGGGGCGCCUUCACUGCGUGCGUGUGCUAAGUGCGUGCGUGCACGUAGCGGGUAUCCUGCACGUGCGUGAGGGGCCGCGCUGCUGCCGUUGAGGGAACGUCAGGGGCGCGUUUUACGUGGUCGAACGUUAUUGGCUUCUUUUCGGCUCAGAACAGCCAUUGCUGUUUGUUCUUACGUCACUCGCGGGGUCGCUUUCUUGCCCUCUACCAUCGUCAGCGUCUGAUGACUCCUCUGAAGCGGCACCUGUGUUCCGCCGGGUUAUUUCCGAGUCCUUCCUGGCGAGCGCGUGUGGAAAGGCCUCUCUCCUUCAGCUCGUGGACGCCCAGGUGGCCGCAGCCCCGCCCGCAGUCGGGAAGGACCUUGAACGUGGCCGCGCGCGUCCUCCUGGCGCUCACAAAGGGCUAGCCUUGAACGUCACUUGCCCAGCCUUGAUGUCCUGACCCAGCGGGGCCCGCCCACUCCCAACCGACAGCUGCAGCUGCCCUGCCUCGCCGCCUCCCUGCAGGCGUCGUGUUUGGAUGAAACGGUAGAACACAGGGGAGCAGAGCACCCGAGACUCGGUCCGCCUCCCGCGUUGGCCUGACUGUCCAGGGCCCCGAAAAGCCCCAACGCCACCGCCGGGGCCAGAUCGCCGGGCUCCCGCUUCCCCUCCCGCUGCUGAGGCCCCGGGGGAGGCGCGCGGCCUUCCUGGAGCCACUGCAGCCACGGGCCGCCCGCCACGGCCCCACUAGCUUCUCAGUCAUGCAGCUGCACCUGACCUGUCUCCUGAAUCUUUUUCUUGCCCUACCGCCCUUAAUUUAUCAAGCAUAAUAUUACACGUUAAAGAACAGCAAAUAAGAACUCUGUAGAAUCCCACCAGGACUUUGCUAACCAUGAUAUUUGGAGAUGAUGAAAAUGCUCUGAAAAAUGUCAGCCACCAAAAUAGUUUUGUCGGCACUGUUCACACGCAUGGUCCCCACGCCCCCAGGUUGGGUUUUUGGUUUUGGUUUUUGGUUUCUUUGGGCUUUUUCAUGUUACAUCCAUAUCUGUAUUUAUAUCUUAUUUGUUUCACUUUCAAGUGUAUCAUGGCAAAUGUACAGAUUUUUUGUUGUUGUUAAUAAUGUGCUAGGAUUUGCUAAAAAAGAAAACAAGAAAAAAAAUCCUUUUGAGUUUGCUCUAGAAUAAAUGAGACUUAAUUCAG